UUAAACAAAAUUUUUAUUUUUUAUUCGCAGGAAAUUCAUUUGUGUAUGUGUGUGUGUGUGUAUGCGCUUGCCGGUAUAUAGCAAUAUAUCCCGAAUGAAUGCUAACGGCAUGACAAUCAUUUCGGUCCAACUAGGGAUCCGAGAUCCGAAUCCAUUCAGAGACUCAUUUUGUUUUGUUUUUUUUUUAUUUUGGAUCGAUGAGCAAUUUUUCGAAUUUUUUUCCAUAUUUGUAUUUUAUUUGAUUGAAUUUUUUCUUUGUAUUUUGUUUUUGUUUUUUCAUUUUUCAUUUUUCAUCAUGGAAUUCAAUUUGGAAUUAUGGCGUUCACGAUCAAUCGUAUUGACAGCUUUAUCCAUAUUUUUAGGUUCAUUUUUUAUACUUAUGGGCAUUUUAAAAUUAUCACCAGCUAUUAGUCCAGAAAUUCAUCGUGAAUUACGAAGAAAUUUUAUUCAUUUCGCUAAACUUAUACCGAUUAUGAAUACAUAUUUUGGAUGGAAAAUACCGGCACGAUUAUAUCGUAUUGGUUGGGGCACAACUGAAUUAUUGGCCGGUUUUAUUUUGAUUUUUUUACCAUUUCGUCGUUUGAAAAUUAUUGCCAAUAUAAUACUAUUGUUGCUUACAUUAUUUUCCAUUCAUAAUCAUUACAGUGCUGGACAUCGAUUUGAUAGAAUCGCUCCAUGUAUUGUGUUUACAUUAAUGUUAUCAUGUCGAUUGGUGGUUGAAUAUCAAGUACAAAGGCGUACUAAUCGUGCAGUAACAUUGACAACAUCAACUUCGAAUGGCAAUCAUCAUCCAUUGAUGGAUAAUAUUAAUGAUCUACACCUUAAUCAUAAUAAUAAUAAUAAUAAUCGACAAAUCGAUGAUGAACAGGAUGAAGAAUUUGAUGACAAUAGAAUUAAAUGA